AUAUUGGUAAUUAAACGUUCUGAGCUGUGCAACUUAAAUAUUUAACAAGUAAAAACUAUACCGAGCGCUGAUUAACAGUUGAGCUGUGAAAAUGGGUUCACUUUUCCGUAGCGAGGAGAUGGCGCUCUGCCAGCUCUUCCUACAAAGCGAGGCGGCCUAUGCCUGUGUCUCCGAGCUGGGCGAGUUGGGAUUGGUUCAGUUUCGUGAUCUCAACCCGGAUGUGAAUGCAUUUCAACGCAAAUUCGUCAACGAGGUGCGCCGCUGCGAUGAGAUGGAACGCAAAUUGCGCUACCUCGAGAAGGAGAUCAAAAAGGAUGGCAUACCCAUGCUGGACACUGGCGAGAGUCCCGAGGCGCCACAGCCCCGUGAAAUGAUUGAUUUGGAGGCCACCUUUGAGAAACUGGAGAACGAGUUGCGCGAGGUCAACCAAAAUGCGGAGGCAUUGAAACGCAACUUCUUGGAGCUGACGGAGCUGAAGCACAUUCUGCGCAAGACGCAGGUCUUCUUCGAUGAGUCGGUGCCAACGAUUUACAAAUCGACCACAACAACAACAAAUCGUUCAUCAAACAAAUAUCGACGCUAUCUGCAGAUGGCCGACAACCAGAACGAGGAUGAGCAAGCGCAGCUGUUGGGCGAGGAGGGCGUCCGUGCCAAUCAGCCGGGCCAAAAUUUGAAACUUGGCUUUGUGGCCGGCGUCAUUUCGCGCGAGAAGUUGCCCGCCUUUGAGCGAAUGCUGUGGCGUGCCUGUCGUGGCAAUGUGUUCCUGCGACAGGCCAUGAUUGAGUCACCGCUCGAGGAUCCCACCAAUGGCGAUCAAGUGUACAAAUCGGUGUUCAUCAUAUUCUUUCAAGGUGAUCAGUUGAAGACGCGCGUGAAGAAGAUCUGCGAGGGUUUCCGUGCCACACUCUAUCCAUGCCCCGAGGCGCCAGCGGAUCGUCGUGAAAUGGCCAUGGGCGUAAUGACACGCAUUGAGGAUCUGAAUACGGUGCUCGGCCAGACGCAGGAUCAUCGCCAUCGUGUCCUAGUUGCAGCAGCCAAGAAUCUGAAGAACUGGUUUGUCAAGGUGCGCAAAAUCAAGGCCAUCUAUCAUACGCUGAAUCUCUUCAACUUGGAUGUGACACAAAAGUGUCUGAUUGCCGAAUGCUGGGUGCCGCUGUUGGACAUUGAGACCAUCCAGUUGGCGUUGCGACGUGGCACGGAGCGUUCUGGUUCGUCGGUGCCACCGAUUUUGAAUCGAAUGCAAACGUUCGAGAAUCCACCGACAUAUAAUCGCACCAACAAGUUUACCAAAGCGUUUCAGGCCCUAAUCGAUGCGUAUGGUGUGGCCAGUUAUCGGGAAAUGAAUCCGGCCCCAUACACCAUCAUUACGUUCCCAUUUCUGUUUGCGGUGAUGUUCGGUGAUUUGGGCCAUGGUGCUAUAAUGGCGCUCUUUGGCCUCUGGAUGAUACGGAAGGAGAAAGGGCUCGCUGCACAGAAGACAGACAACGAGAUCUGGAACAUAUUCUUUGGCGGUCGCUACAUCAUCUUCCUCAUGGGCGUAUUUUCCAUGUACACGGGCAUGAUCUACAACGACAUCUUCUCGAAGUCGCUGAACAUCUUUGGCUCGCAUUGGCAUGUGACGUACAACAAGUCAACGGUUUGGAAUAACACAUACCUACAGUUGAGUCCGGCGACCAGCGAUUACGAAGGCACACCAUAUCCAUUUGGCAUGGAUCCCAUUUGGCAGGUGGCCUCAUCCAAUAAGAUUGUCUUUCAGAAUGCCUACAAGAUGAAGAUCUCCAUUAUCUUUGGUGUAUUGCACAUGAUCUUUGGCGUCAUCAUGAGCUGGCACAAUCAUACCUAUUUCCGCAAUCGUUUGUCGCUGAUCUAUGAGUUCAUUCCACAGCUGAUAUUCCUGGUGCUCCUCUUCUUCUACAUGGUUUUGCUAAUGUUUAUCAAAUGGAAUCGUUAUGAGGCUACAAAUAAGUUUCCCUUUACGGAGGCGUGUGCACCAUCCAUUCUGAUCACAUUCAUCGAUAUGGUGCUGUUCAAGGAGUCGAAGGCACACGAUAAUUGCCCCGUUUACAUGUAUUGGGGACAGCAAUUUUUCCAGACUGUCUUCGUGGUAGUCGCUCUCGGAUGCAUUCCAGUCAUGCUGCUCGGCAAGCCCAUUAAGAUAAUGCAGGCGCGCAAACUGGCCAACGUGCAACCCAUUACUGGCUCGUCGGAUGCGGAAGUGGGUGCGCUGCCAAAUGGCGGUGCUGGUGGACACCAUGAUGAGGAGGAGAUGUCGGAGAUAUUCAUACACCAGGGCAUACACACCAUUGAGUAUGUGCUGGGCUCCGUUUCCCAUACCGCAUCCUAUUUGCGUUUGUGGGCCCUCUCCUUGGCCCAUGCCCAACUGGCUGAGGUCCUGUGGAAUAUGGUGUUGGCACUUGGCCUGAACAAGGAGGGGCCAAUUGGCGGCAUCUUUUUGACCGUCGUGUUUGCCUUCUGGGCCAUUCUAACCGUGGGCAUUUUAGUCUUGAUGGAGGGUCUAUCAGCAUUCCUCCACACGCUACGUCUGCACUGGGUGGAAUUCCAAAGUAAAUUCUAUUUGGGUCAGGGCUAUGCCUUCAUGCCUUUCUCCUUUGAUAACAUCAUUGAGAAUGGUGGCACUGCCACCGGCGAAACCGAUUAAAUGCUCGACAGCAGCAGCAACAGCAGGAUCAUCUAAACAGCAACCAAAGCAUGUGAAGAGUCUCAUCAUUUAUGCAGCUAUAUAUAAUAACAAUUUAAUGGAAUUUAUAAACAUAUGCUUAGUAAUCGUUCUAUGUGUUAAUGUUUAAUAAUCGUGAAUUUAUGUACUGUCUAGCCCUAUAAUAUCUAACGUUCUAUAUAGCCGUUUGUCGUGUUUACUCAUCUAAAUAUAUAUCUAUAUAUCUAA